GCCGGCUGGCAUUUAGGUCCUUAAGUUCUAUCCAAUGAAAACGGAGAAAAAAGGGAAUUCCGUCAGAGUUAUUAUUUCCAUUCUAUUUCCGUUUCGCGCGAAAACGGGAAUCCCACUUGCGUUGCAAAAACACAAAAUGCAGCUGAUAUACUUUGUUAUAGAUGAACUUUAAAUACCUGUCCUUAAACUUUAGAUAUGUCGGUUAAUUUUCCAUUCAAUAACAUUAACGGUAAAUGUAAAUAAAAGUGUUUAUUCAACAAAAAUAUCGACACGAAUGGGGUUUCCCCGUUUUCUGCCGAACACACUUCCGGUAUUUACGUAGUUGUUUACAUUCGCUACGAAGAUGGCAGAUGGGAGUGUUUAGGUCUAACGCAUCAAGAAAUCUUAUAUGAUGUCUCUUCCGCCAAAUUUUAACGUAGUCGGAUGUGAUAGCGAUUUAGCAAGUGAGAUAGACGAUGAUUUUAGCCAUUUCUUUCCGUGUACAAGUCGGGUAAACAGUGGUACAGCUGAAGAGGUGAGUUCUGUCUCCGGUAAUCAGGAUGAAGAUGUUGAUUUUGACUAUGACAUCGAGAGUGAUAAUGAUGAUGAUGAUGUGAGUAACGGCAUUAGCGUUAUUAAUUCGCCGAUUCUACAUACUCGGAUGAGAGUUUUUAUCAGAAAUGACGUUGAAAGGGACACAGAAAAUGAUUCUGAUCAAGACACACUACGUAGUGAUGACAACGAGGUUGAUGAUGAUGAUGAUGACGACGAAAAUAACUCGGACGAACGUGACGCACAGCGUAAAUGUAAGAAGGGGUGUCUGUCCAAAUUUCCCAAUAUGGAUAUCAAAGAUAACAGAUUGAAUGUGCAGGGAAUGGAGAGAGAUGGCAGGGACAUGUUAAUUAUUGGACAGCUCCAGGCAUGUGGCAUGACAAGGGGAAUACAUGGUCAAACUAACGUCAAACGGCAUCGCUUUGACUACCAAUUCCAGAACACAAGUGUUUGCAAGGCUUGUUUCCUUUAUGUUAAUAACAUAAAUGCACAUUACUUGAAAAACAUCAGGGCCCAUUUCGUCAAGAAUGGUGCUGUUCCACGGAUACAUGGAAAUACAGGGAAAAAACCCAAAAAUGCAGUGACCUAUGAUAAUGUUCAACAAGUUGUCCAGUUUAUUUCAAGGUAUGCAGAUGAGAUGGGAUUGCCCCAACCUGCUGCAUCAUAUAUUGAUAAUGAAAAAAAACCCCAGUAA